AUGGUGCACGUGAAUGUCCUGGCAGAUGCCCUCAAGAGGAUUAACAAUUCCAAAAAAAGGGGCAAACACCAGGUUCUUAUUAGGCCAUUCACCAAGGUCAUCAUCCCGUUUCUAACUGUGAUGAUGAAGCAUGGUUACAUUGGUGAAUUAGAAAUCAUUGACGAUCACAGAGCUGGGAAAACUGUGAACCGCUCAGACAGGUUAAACAAGUGUGGAGCAAUCAGCCCCAGAUUUGAUGUACAACUCAAAGAUCUAGAAAAAUGGCAGAAUAAUCUGCUCCUGACCUGCCAGUUUGGUUUCAUUGUACCAACAACCUCAGCUGGCAUCAUGGACCAUGAAGAAGCAAGACGGAAGCACACAGGAAGGAAAAUCCUGGGAUUUUAG